AGAGAGCAAUGGGACGUCGUUAUAGCUAUAGCCAGCCAUCAGAGUCCGAGGACUAUGGUGGGAACUCAAGAGACAGCUGUGGGUAUAGCUCUACAGAGGAUCUCAUUCGGCGUGAUCAAGCUGAGCUAGGCCACUCAGAGUUCCCCGAACCACAUCAGUAUCCUCCUCAACCCGAAGUCGAGUUUGGUUUCCCACAAAUCUGCUACUGUGGAGCUCAACCUAUUCUUGCUACAAACCGCUCUGAUCCAGGCAGAAGAUAUUACACAUGUGAGAACAUUGAUGAUGGCGAGUGUCAUGUUUGGAAGCCAUGGGACCUCGCGGUUAUGGAGGAGAUGAGAGCAAGGGAUAGACACACUCUUGAGCUCGCUGAAAAGGUUGACUCUCUAACCAUGAUGAGUGACUAUGAAACAGAGCAGAAGGUGGCUAAGUUAGAGUUGAUUGUUUCUGAGCUAGGUAACAAGAAUUCUAGGUUGAACAAGAGAUUUGACAUGGUUGUUGGUUUAGUGUUCGUUCUUCUUGUGGCAAUAGGUUUGGUUGUAAUGUUUAAGUAACAGUUUAGGUGGUGAGGUCGGUUUUUUAGGAGAGAAAUGAUGUAUUAUUGUAUGUUGUAUUGGAUGUUCUAUGGGAUGUUGUAAGAGAUGUUGUAUUAUUGUAACAAGCUCGGAUGUUAUAUUAUUGUAUUAUUGUAUCAAGCUGUUUUUGUACAAGUAUUAUAAGCUGUGAUGUCGGCAAGUAUUAAUUUUGUACACAAGCAACCCGUGACCCCUAUAUCCCAACAGAACAACAAACUCGUGUCACAAGCAAUCCGUGACCCCUAUAGGCUAGUAAAAUAUCUACUCACUAUCACACUAUAAGUAGAAGAGAACUUCAUCACAUUUACUACACAACUUCAUCCGUCUUCUAUCUCUCUUAAAAAUCAGAUUAAAAACUAAGUUUUUUUUUUCAUUUCAAAUGGCUGGUUCAUCACAUUAUCAUUACCAUAAAAAUGAUGAAGAUGAUGCUGAAUUUGAAUCUCUAUUUGAAGAAUUAUUAGAAAUCCCCGAAAUGUUGUCCGAACCCAAAAACAGAAAAAAACGUAUUUUUAUUGAAAGACACCGGGAAGAAGGCGACAUCCAGCUAUGGAAUGAUUAUUUUUCUGAAACUCCUACAUAUCCUUCCAAUAUAUUCCGCCGACGGUUUCGAAUGAGCAAGUCAUUGUUCAUGCGGAUUGUGCAUCGCCUCUCUACGGAAGUGGAGUAUUUUGCUGCAACGGAAGAUGCAGUCGGAAGGCGUAGUCUAUCACCGCUCCAGAAAUGCACAGCAGCAAUACGUCAAUUAGCAUAUGGGGGUGGGGCUGAUACGGUGGACGAAUAUGUCCGACUUGGUGAAUCAACAGCUCGGAAUUGCUUGCACAAUUUUACUGCCGCAAUCAUCGACUUGUUUAGCGAUGAGUACCUAAGACGUCCAACACCCGACGAUCUUGAAAGGCUACUACACAAGGGAGAAGAACGUGGAUUUCCCGGGAUGAUUGGAAGUAUCGACUGUAUGCACUGGGAGUGGAAGAAUUGCCCCACCUCUUGGAAAGGUAUGUAUUCCCGAGGAACUGAUAAACCAACUAUUGUCUUGGAGGCCGUCGCUUCUUAUGACCUCUGGAUAUGGCACGCCUUUUUUGGAGCUCCAGUCAAUUACAAUGUCAACGGCAGGGAGUACGAUUUGGCCUAUUAUCUUACAGAUGGUAUUUACCCGGAAUGGGCGACAUUUAUUAAAUCUAUUAGUCUCCCACAGGGUGAAAAAGAUUCAUUAUUUGCAAAAAGACAGGAAUCUGCCCGAAAAGAUGUUGAGCGUGCCUUCGGAGUCCUGCAAGCUAGAUUCGCCGUUAUCAAAAAUCCAUCAAAGUUAUGGAGUAAAUCGAAGAUAGCAAAAAUUAUGAGAGCUUGUAUAAUACUCCAUAAUAUGAUUGUCGAAGAUGAAGAACGUACGGAUACUCGAGAUGACACAUUUCACGAUCAGGAUAUUUCUUUUUGCGUCAAGAUGCCUACUGAGCUUUUCGAUGCACUUGAUCGCCGAGCUAGAGUUCGGGAUAGACCAGUCCAUAGACAACUAAAACAUGAUUUGAUCGAACAUCUAUGGGAUAAAUUUGGAGAUGAAUAA